AUGACCAACUUUGUGUCUCUCGUGCUGCUUGUGUUUAUUGUGACCAUCGCCUUUUUGGCGGCCGCGCCGGUGGCUUCAGCAUCCGUGGCUCAGAGCAAGGCCCCUGACGCGUUCCUGUUGACCCUGCAAGCGGAGUGCGGUGCAUAUGUGGCGCCGCUCGAGUGCUUGCCCUUCUUGACGGCCUUCAAGUGGCCACUCUCCUCUUUCCGUGUGGAGGGUCCGGUUGUUCCCUUGACGCAACCGGUGGUGGUGUUGCAACCGAGCGUGACCAGCUACGUGCUCUUCAAUGCCAAAUACACCACCAACUGGACUGUUGAGGUCAACUACAACGAGCCGAACCAGCCAGGCUUCUCUCUGCACGCCUGGUGGAUCAAAACGCCCUUCACCUCGGACGGCCUUUUGCCAAAGGUGGACCACCCCCACUUUAGUGUGAUUGCGCCCUUUGCCCCAGAGCACCUUCCCUGUCCCGGCGCUGCUGCCGAUGCGAACUGCACCAUGGCGUUCUUCCCCAUUGUGAUUAGCUACAACGGCGGUGGGCUGAACAUGACAACAACCUUGUCAGCACACAAGGGGAUCUGGAUAUAA